GCUGCGUUGCACAAUAGCCUGGGUUUCACUUUUGAAAUCAGAAUUAACAAAUUUGAUCUACUUGAUGUCUGAUUAUUGCAGAUUUGGGUGAGAAUGUGUAUUCUUAUUCUUAUGCUUUUUAAUAACUUGUUUUUAUAUCCUGUUCAGUAAAGUCCUACUGUAAAUGAAUGAUUGUAAAUAGCUAACUUGGCAUUUUAUUACUAACCGAACGUAUGAAUGCGCGCUCCUCUAAACUCCUCCGAGCGCUUAUGGACUCAGGUAAAGGCAUAUUUAAAAAUGGUUCGGGGUGGGGGUUUGGGUGAGACCCCCCUGCUUUUGUUCUAUUGAAAAGGGGGCUUGUUCCUCCAGGACCAACCCUACCAUUUUAACCAGGGGUGUCAGCGCGAACGGGGUUGACAUUGGAGACUGACUGGCAAUGGGAGAAGAGGAGGGGAUAAGAGAGUCCAGCAGCACUGCUCCUUGAAGAAAGCUCAUCAGAUGCACUGUCCUGCCUCCUCUGACUGACAUUCACGCAAGGAGUCAGACUGGAUCAAACGUCAAAGGAUCUAUUUCUGCUGCGCUCCUCACCUUCAUGGACAGCACGGGACUUGAGUCUGCAUGAUUAGGCGCAUCAGAAGCUCUUUCGCGAAAACUUGAAAAGUAAAUCGUUUACAUGCUGUGAGUUUUGCGUUAAGUGCACUUAUUUCUCAUGAAGGAAAUCCAGUUAGUGCUUAUACUUGUCACUGGUGUCAGCCUGGACAUUUUUUGCUGCUUCUGAGCAGCAGAUCUCGUAAUUUGCCAGUUGAUCUGUUCAUCAUAUGUUGCGAGACACAGUUUGGAUACCAGCGCAGGACUUUAUACAUUUCAACUGGAAAACCUGAUUUUGGUUUUUUAAAUAUCUGCAAAUUACACUCAAUUUAUUUUCUGUGAGGCCCUUCCAUUCCAGCAACAUGAGACUCAUUCCAUCACGAUUGAGUUAUUUAUUCCUUCACCUCUUUGCGUUUUGCUACUAUGCUCAGGUAACCAUUCAGUCCCCGCCUAAUUUUACACAGCAUGUGAGUGAGCAAAGUAAGGUGACGGACCGGGUCAGCCGUAGACUAAUCCGGACCUACCAGCUUUACAGUCGAACCAGUGGCAAGCACGUACAAGUUCUGGCUAACAAGAAAAUCAACGCCAUGGCCGAAGACGGUGACGCUCAUGCCAAGCUCAUAGUGGAAACAGACACAUUCGGGAGUCGAGUUCGAAUUAAAGGAGCUGAAACGGGAUUCUACAUCUGCAUGAACAGAAGAGGGAAACUGAUUGGCAAGAAAAACGGUCAGGGGAAAGACUGCAUUUUCACAGAGAUCGUCCUGGAGAACAACUACACGGCUCUACAGAAUGUGAAGUACGAAGGCUGGUACAUGGCCUUCACACGCAAAGGCAGACCCCGCAAGGGCUCCAAAACCAGGCAACACCAGCGGGAAGUCCACUUCAUGAAGAGGCUGCCCAAGGGACACCAAAUCGCAGAGCACAGACCCUUUGAUUUCAUCAACUACCCUUUCAACAGACGGACUAAACGCACCCGGUACUCAGGAGAGCGUUGAAGAGUGAAGCCGGAGAAAAGGAGAGGACAGAGAGCGAGAGACUUUCUCAAACAAUGAACAGACUCCUCUUGUGGACUCCUACAAACAUUUUUUUUUGUACUGAGCAACAAUAUACCUAA